AUGAGGGUAGGGGCACUUUGUGAGCACAAGGACAAAGGAUGUCCAUGGAGAAUUUGGGCCUCUUGGGAUAAAAAUAAAACAAAGUUUUGUGUCAAAUCUUAUGUUGGUGAACAUACUUGUGGAAGAUCCUCUGAGGUAAAGAAAAUGUCAGCCUCUUGGAUUGCAAAGCAGUAUAACACACAGUUCAAAGUCAACCCUUACAUGAGGUAUGCAGCUGAGAUUUUAAGAAGCAAUAGGAGGAAUACAGUGAAGCUGAAGUUAAAUGGGACUGUUUUUGACAGGAUAUACAUUUGUUUUGAGGCUUUGAGGAAAGGAUUUUUAGGUGGAUCCAGGCCUUUUAUAUCACUUGAUGGGUGCUUUUUGAAGGAAGAAGGGGCAGGCUAUACAUUUAUGUCAGAUCAACGAAAGGGCUUUCUUGCUGCAAUUGUAGAGGUUUUUCCACAGGCUGAGAGCAGGAUACUGAAAUGGAGACAUAAGCCUAUCAUCAGCAUGUUAGAAGACAUUAGAGAGAGCUUAAUGGACAGAUUACACAAGAAAAGGGACAUGAUCAAGGAAAGGGAUCUCAGUUUAUGUCCUAGAAUCCAACAACAACUUGAGAAGCAUAAGAUAUGGGCAAGGGGUUGGAAUGCAUUCUGGGAUGGAGGUUUUUGCUGUGGAGUGAAGAAGGGGGCAACUCAAACUAAGUAUAUUGUUAAUCUAUCAGACAGAACAUGCUCCUGUAAUGCAUGGCAAGUUAGUGGGAUACCAUGCCAACAUGCUGUAGUGGCCAUUUAG